ACAGUCGAGCACCAGUCAGCUUUUGUGACUUCUACUGCAUUCCAUCAGCUAUGUCUUUCAACAAAGUCACUACCGAGGCGGCGCUCCGGAAAGCGCUUGCGGAGAACAAGUCUGCUGUCGUUGUCUUUGGGGCGGAGUGGUCGCCUAUCUCCAAGGUUACCAAGCAGACCUUCGAGAAGAAUUUGGGCAAAUACAGCUCAACUCACUUUGUCUGGAUUGAUAUCGAUGAGGCGCCACCGCUUCAGAAGGCAUACACGAUUGAAGCCAUUCCCACUACUCUGGGUUACAAGGGCAAAUCUGAAGUGAACAAAUACAUUGGUCCCAUGAAUACGGAUUCGCAGCUUGACACCUUUGUCAAGAAGACUCUUUGAGUUAAGGGUAGAGCAGGUGCUUACCUAGGUAGGCAUGCUUGGAUUGGAUGUUUUCAGCAAGUGUUAGCAACUGUUAGGCAGAAUGAAUAGCGAGUGGUGUAUGAUCGCGUGCUCGGUUGCUUCUGAGACGGGUCAUGGUGUGCUGUUCUUCGGUUCUCAUCUA